GGCUCGGAAAUCAACGACUCCAGUCGUUGACAAAUUCCAGAUGCCUGUAACUCUCCGAUGUCCUAUGCCUGCAGACCUCGCGGAACUGAUAAAAGGAUCAGCUAGAUAAAUGCUCCGGAUGUGAACAUACAUCAGUUUGUAUGCAUACAUAUGUCACACACUUGGUGCACGGUUGCAUGUCAAUACUUCCUCUGCAGCUCUUUUUUUUUGACCGCCAAAUAGACACUUCUUGUUCUCCGCCCUCUUUUCUUCAAACAAGGUGAACCAUGGCCGACCCCACGCUUCAUCUUCCCCGAAUUCUCUGCUUUCACGGAGCCGGCUCCAAUGCUGCUGUAUUUCAAAGCCAGUGCCGCGCCCUUAUUCCCCAGUUGCAACCACACUUCAGACCCUGCUUCGUAGAUGGCCCAUUCAUCUGCGAAGCCGGACCGGGGAUCCUCCUAGUGUAUGAACAAUCGGCUCCUUUCCGGCGCUGGCUUCGCUGGCGACUUGGCCUUCCACCCCUAGCGAAGAUGGAUGAUAGCUCCCAGAUUCCCGACGAGGAAGCAUACGAGUAUAUCGAGAAGAAUAUACAGGAUGCAAUGCGUAGGGAUGAUAACAAAGGAGCAACAGGAGAGUGGGUAGGCUUGCUGGGCUUCAGCCAGGGAGCCAAGUUAUGCGCCAGCUUGCUCUUCAGGCAACAGGUGCGCACAGAGAAGUUUGGUGCGGAGAACGCUGGUUCAAACUUUCGAUUUGCGGUGCUCAUGAACGGGCCGGGGCCUCUGGUAGCAUUUGAGAAGCCAGAAAACAGCAAUCAUGAUAAUGUUGAUGAUCUGCAGCAAGAAAAACAGCCGCAGCAGCAGCCAAUUUUACGCAUUCCGACACUCCACGUUCAUGCAUUAGAGGACAGCGAUUUGCCUUACCAUCGAAUGCUAAGAAACCAAUUCUGCGACGAACAAACAGCACGGUUGAUUGAAUGGAAUGGCGACCACAGGAUUCCUCUUGCUUUGAAAGACGUAUCGCUUGUUGCGAAUCGAAUUGUGGAGUUGGCAAGGCAGACUGGCGUGAUUUAG